UUGAGCAUCUCAAUUAUAAUCCCAUAAGUUUUCUUAACAAGUAAAUUUAAUACAAAGAAACCAAAAACCAGAACUAGUUACCUAAAUUGCCCUAUAAACACUUCCAUAACUUUGAUUAGGAUCCCAAACCUAAUCCUUCUGAUCCUGGUUGUGUAGAAUGGCUUUGAAGGGCACUAUUGCAUCCAAUGUUGUUGCUCUGCUCCUUUGUUUCAACAUGCUUUCCUAUAACAUAGUGAGUUCCACCUACAUUCCUGUAAUCCCAGAUCCAUCAGUGCCCUAUAAAAAGGGUACGUGUCCUGUGGACACAGUUAAGUUGGGUGUGUGUGCCAAAGUGUUGAACUUGGCCGACGUUAAACUGGGGUCACCACCAACCCUACCAUGCUGCAGCCUAAUCAAGGAUCUGGCUGAUAUUGAAGUUUCUGCUUGCCUUUACACUGCCAUCAAAGCUAACGUCCUUGGCAUCAACCUUAGCCUCCCAAUUUCCUUAAACGUACUGCUCAACAACUGUGGGAGGAAAAGAUCAAACGCUGAUUUCCAGUUCCCUUAAAUUCAUUGUUUCAUCAACAUAUAUAUUCCACAUGUGAUCUUUACCAUAUUUCACACAUCUUCACUGUUAUUUUCUCUUUUCAAUCCAUGUUGUGCUCCAUUUAUUAUUCAUCCUUCUUCUUGUCGGAAUCUUUGAUUGUUGUUUGCAAGUACAAUUGCAAUCUUAACGAUUGAAUGAUCAAGUGAGAUUAAUUAGUCAUUAUUAUUAUUAUUGUAAGAACUCCAAUCUUGAAAGUCUUUAUCAUACAAUCGGCAGAAUAAACAAAGGACAGCACAGCAAGAAACUGCCCUUAUCAUUCUGAUCAAGUUUCGAUCGGUUGUUUUCAGAUUGUUUGUUACGGUGGAAAUUGUUUGUAGUUAAUUUAAAUGGACAUAAACUUAUGUCUGUCUGUACUUUGAUUUGUGAUUAACAUACAUGUAUAAACAACGAGUUUAGAUUUUCUGUUAGUUUCUUUUUCCUGUUUCUUUUUAGGUUUAAACCCUCCCUUGGUCCUCAAGUUUGUAUGAAAAUCUCAGUUGGGUCCUUAAGUUUUUUUCUGUCUCAAUUGGGUCAUAUUUUUUAUAAAAGUAAGCACAUUGUACCAUAACCGUUAAGUGGUGUGAGACGGCGUUAAAUUGGUGUGAGCUGGAUUUUUUCAUUUACUGACGUGGCAUUGUGCACUAAAAUUGAAAGGUCAC